AGACGUCAAGAUCGCUGGCCACGAGAGCUUGGCUCCAUCCCCAGCGACUUUUUUUUGGACACGACAAACGGCAGGGCGCAAUGAUCAGACUUCAACACGACACGGAGAGGCGUUCACAACUCUGCCCAACACCAGUUCUACGUACUCGAAGCGAAGAAUCCGACAACGUAGCGAUACACCACAGCCAAUCCACCCCAAUUGUACCCAUAGAUCAGGCACGGGUCCACCCAAGCUGCGAAGCAUCCGCGUCGCCUCACUCCCGCACCGGGCCAGGCAUGAUGGAUGAUGGAGCGGAACGCCACAGGUGACACCAUGGAGGACCCGGAGUGGCACAUGACCCUCAAUUCUCUUCUGGCCAUGCCAGAUGAGACUGUGGUUCUCCCGGUAGACGACUACCUCGACAUGGAGGUCGACUACCCGCACGCCGACAACCCCGAACAAGCGGCUCCCGUCCUCUUCGCAGACAUGCAGGCGCAAGACUUUAUCGAUGAAGAUGGUCUCCAGUCUAGAGCUGCAGUCUCAGAGCCGCCGUCAGAUCACGCCGAGUCCGAAGCAGUACGGCACACAAUCGAGGAUGGGGAUCUGGAGGGGGGACACGCCGCUGUUGACGAUACCGACAGCCCAUUACUGCACGAUCAUAAGCCCGAAACAGAGCAUGAUGGAGACAUCAUGGAUCUGGACGUCAACGACCAACACACCGAGUCGGUAGCGUCCUCAGAACCGGACGAUUCAGCAUUUGGAUUUGCGGACGUGUCAGUCGCAAAGCACUUGCCAAUAGAGAUUGUGCUUAAUCCCCCAUCGGACCCGGCCUCGUAUAUGAUACUGCCGCCAAGCGAGACUGUGGAGAGGAUCUUGGAUGAAGUUGAGGUGGACGGGCAGACAUUUUUCUCUGUAGAGUACACGGACGGACGAAUAGAGCAGGUUGCCUACGACGACAUACUGCAGCAGGAACACGGUCCUCGCGCAAUACAGCAGUUCAACUAUGAUUCUCGAUUCAACUUGUCACAUCGAUCGAAUUUCAUGAUGCAGAGUAACCACAUAGAGCGGCGGCCUGAGGCUGACUACGAAGACUCUGAUGAAUCAGAGCCAGAAGCUUCUUUCCGUCCCCGACGUCCGGCUCGUCCGGCUCGUAGAGUCAGUCGUCGUACCUCCCGACAGACUUCCAGUACCAAUGGCGUCACGAGCAGGCACCCAACUCUACUCGACGAUCAUGACGAGUUGAACAACGAAGACGACAGUCUGCUUGAUCCAGUUGCCAGGAACGCCGACGAUGACGAUGAGCAGUCCUCUUACGGCAGAAAUGGAACGCGCGUGACUCGUUCGAGGAACCCCCUCCUCAAGAACUACAACUUAGAGGAGUCCGCCGAUGAGCUGUCGCAGAUCAUCGAUGACUCUGACAGCGAUGGUGGGGACUGGAUCCUCGCCUCAGAUCUCAAUCCCAAAAAGCCCAAGAAAAAGAGAGCAACCCCGCGACAAAAGAAGAGUUUCAAGAACCAUCAAUCUACCAGUCAAGGAGGCCGAGAGUCAUCGAUCGAGUUUGAGCCAAGCCGACGAUCAAAGCGCUCCACCAAGCCUGCCAAAAGCAUGCGUGAUCCUGAUGUGGAGGAAGACUUCUUCGUUGUAGAGGACAAGUCUUCCGGUCUGCCAAAGAUUGCCGCCGUCAAAGAGGUGUUCCGCAAUGUAGCAACAGACGAUCCAUUCCGCGCGAGGCACUCAACCACUUGCGAGACAUGUCAAGGCAGGGAGAACAAUGGUAGAGGAGUCCUCGUCUUCUGUCAAGGAUGUUCUUAUACCUACCACAAGGGCUGCAUUGGACUCCGUUCCCAGCGCGACCACCGAGUGACAAAGAUCAAUGACGAGGCGUUUGUCCUGCAAUGCAAGUUCUGCAUCGGCAUAUAUGGCAAGAAGGAUCAUCGCGCUCCUGACCAUGCGCUCUGCCAAGAAUGCCACAAGGAAGGCAAAUCUUGCCGGGAGUUUUCUUCGAAGAAAACGCCGAAACAAGAGGAAAAGCUGCGUGAGGAGAAUGGCGGAGAGGAUCCGAUCACAGAGGUAUCCAGCGAUCGUCUGAACAAUCCACAUAACGUGCUGUUCCGAUGCAUGACCUGCCGUCGCGGCUGGCACCACGAUCACAUGCCAUCCAAGAACGCCGCAAAUGGCGACGAUACCAAGGUUACAGCCACCAGAGGUGAAUGGAAAUGUGCCGAUUGUGCUGGUGCAACCCAGAGGCUCCAUGUUCUGGUUGCUUGGAGGCCUGUCGAUCAGUUGACUUACAGGCCAGGUCAACAUCAUACCGAUUACUCUGAGCAGGAAAUCGAGUAUCUAGUCAAGUGGGAAGGUCGCUCGCAUUUCCACGACAAAUGGAUGCCAGGUGCAUGGGUCUAUGGCGUGGCAACUCCCGCUAUGCGCAAAGCCUUCUACAAACGUGAUACGACGGCUUUGCCUCAGAUGGACUUGAAGGCCGCGGUCGCCGAGGAAUGGAUCAUUCCCGACAUCAUCUUCGACGUCAAGUAUCGACACUCGCAUAAGGCGCGCAGCAAGGCUGAAGAGCAAGGCUUCAUUAGCGACAUCAAGUCUGUCUACGUCAAGUUCCAGGGCCUGAGCUACGAGGAGACUGUCUGGGAUGCGCCUCCUCCCCGAGAUUCAGUCUGGGGCGAAGCUCCAUGGGAGGCCUUUCAAGAUGCUUUUGCAGAGUACCUCAACGGCAAACACUUCGCAUAUGUUCCCGAGGGCAAGUUGCGGGAGCGAAUUGCGAUGUACCGCAGACUCAAUUUUGAGGACGAGUGUGAGCUUGACAAGCAGCCUGCAUUCCUGAAGCGCGGCGAGCUCAUGGGCUACCAACUUGAGGGCGUGAACUGGCUCUUGUACAAAUUCCAUCAACAAGAAAAUGCCAUUCUGGCAGACGAGAUGGGUCUGGGCAAGACGGUGCAGAUAGUCGCCUUCCUCGCGGCUUUGGCUCUCCAUCAACCCAAAUGCUGGCCGUUCUUGGUCGUGGUACCCAACGCGACUUGCCCAAAUUGGCGCCGGGAGAUCAAGAAAUGGGCGCCUGAUCUUCGCGUGGUGGCGUACCAUGGCGGGAGGGUUGCCCAGCAGUUGGCCUGGGACCACGAGCUCUUUCCAUACGGCAGAUCCGAUGGCAUGAAAGCACACGUGGUGAUCAUGUCGUUCGAAGCCGCCACCAACAUGAAGGCACAAUUUGGAACAAACACAAAAUGGGCCGGCCUGAUUGUUGACGAGGGCCAGCGACUCAAGAAUGAAGACUCAUUGCUCUACCGGGCCUUGUCAGACAUGCGUUUCCCUUGCCGGAUCCUGCUUACGGGCACACCGUUGCAGAACAAUAAGAGGGAGCUGUUCAACUUGCUCCAAUUCAUUGACCCUAACAAUGAUGCUCAGGCGCUUGACCUCAAGUACGCCGAGCUCAACAAGGACAACCUCCCUGAGCUGCACAACCUCAUCCGACCAUACUUCCUCCGCAGAACGAAGGCGCAGGUGCUACACUUCCUUCCACCCAUGGCCCAGAUCAUUCUGCCGGUGAGCAUGUCUCUGCUGCAGGAGAAGCUGUGCAAAUCUAUCAUGGCGAGGAACACUGAGCUCUUGAAAGCCAUCGUCUCCAAGAAACAGAUGAAAUCUGGCGAGCGCAAGAGCCUGAACAACAUCUUGAUGGAUCUUCGUCAGUGUCUGUGUCAUCCCUUCUGCUUCAAUGCAGACGUUGAGGACAAGACUGCCGAUACUGAGCAAAUGCAUCGCAACCUCGUCGCGGCUUCUGGCAAGUUGAUGCUUCUCAACGUCAUGCUGCCCAAGCUGCAAGAGCGAGGCCAUCGCGUUCUCAUCUUCAGCCAGUUCCUGCACAGUCUUACCAUCCUGGAAGACUUCCUCGCCGGUCUGGGUCUGGAGCACUUGCGCAUUGACGGCUCCAUCUCUGCUCUAGAGAAGCAGCGUCGCAUUGAUGCUUACAACGCGCCUGACUCUCCCGUCUUUGCCAUGCUUCUGUCCACCAGAGCUGGUGGUGUCGGCAUCAACCUCUACACUGCGGACACGGUCAUCAUCUACGACCCGGACUUUAACCCUCACCAAGAUUUACAAGCGCUGUCGCGUGCCCACCGAAUCGGCCAGAAGAAGAAGGUAUUAUGCUUCCAGCUAACCACCAAGAACACAGCCGAGGAGAAGAUCAUGCAGGUCGGCCGCAAGAAGAUGGCUCUGGAUCAUGCGCUGAUUGAGAGCAUGGAUGCCACAGAGGACGCUGGCGGCGAUCUCGAGUCAAUCUUGAAGCACGGUGCCGCAGCACUGUUUGGCGAUACCAGUGAGGACAAGAUUGUCUACGAUGCCGCCUCGGUCGACAAGCUUCUUGAUCGCAGCAGUAUCGAGGUGACCAACAAGGGGUCCGACGAAGAAGCAGCGAAUGAGAACCAGUUUUCCUUUGCGCGAGUCUGGCAGAACGACAAGGACGAGCUCGUCGAGAACGACGACUCUGCCGAGAGCCCUGUGGCUGACAUUGACGCCGCCGUCUGGGAGUCGAUCCUCCGUGAACGUCAGGAGGAGCACGAGCGUGAAGCUGCUGCCAAGAGACAGGUGUAUGGGCGCGGUGCUCGGAGAAAGACCGCGCUUGGCGUCCGCUACAACAAGCACGUAGGUUACGAGGGCCUGUCUGACAACGAUGACAAGGUAUUGACUGAGGAAAAGCAGCGAGACGACGACGGAGAUGGCUCCGAAAUGGACGUCGACCAGGAUUACAGCGAUGCCAACGAUGAGGACGAUGACAGCGAGACGGCUUCCGCUACCCAAGGAAAGUCUCAAGACGAGCCAAGGGUGCCGGAGCAAAGACCUCUGAGGGGACCAUCAGCACCGGCAGUGAAAGAAUUCCCGACAAGAGCGGCGGCGAAACAGAGCAAGUCAUCUUCCUCUACAACCCUGAUGGCACACCACCGGAACUCAGCGACGCGCCACCCCCCACCGGAUCACUCGGCGGAAGCAGCACUGAACGAGCUACUGGCGAGGACCAACAGGGAAAGACAUCCUCAGACAUUCGUGCCACCCCCACUACUCAGUCACAGAUUCGGUUCCGGGUCACAAAGCCAUCAUCAGCAGGGGCAGCCGCCUCCGGCUCAGCAGCAGAGACCAGUGCCGGCAGCAGUGCCAAGCCAUCCGGGCCCCCGCCGCGGUCGCCCGCCAAAGGAGCGACCGGCCAAGCCGGCACAGAAGACAGUCCAGCAGCGGCUGAUGGAGCAGAUGGGGACAAGUAACGUCCACAUUGCGUUCUAUCUGUCAAUGACGAGGUCGAAGGUGUGCGUUGCUUGCGGGAGCAGGCACGCCGUUUCCACGAGCUGCAUCGACUUCAACUCGGAGGUCUCGUUGAGACAUGCCAUCGACGCAUACCGCGCGUACCAAUGGGGUAAUGAGUACCACAACGACCUGAUGAAGAAGUUUCUGCGGGACCGGCUGAUGGAGGUCGUGGUAGGACGGGCGGCCGAGCAAGGGCAUUUGCCGGUCUUGCCCUCUUUGUGAAGGUAUAAGCA